UAGCGGUCACACGGCUUGCUACAUAAAAUGCGAAAAAACGGAAUCGCGGAGAGCUGUAACGCGGAAUAGUACAUUAAAAAUAAUCGUUAAUCGCGUGCGUGUUUUUUUUUCUUCAACCGCUACACAGCACUUUAUUGUUAAAUAUAUUUUCUUCGUCGUUAAUUACAACGCGUCUUAAAUAGGAUAAAUAUGGGAAAAUGAGACGUCGCGUUCAUGCAAAGUAGUUGAAAAAGAAGGCACACACACAUAUAACAUACAUACGCACGCACGUCGUUGCGAAGGAAUAUAUGUAUCUACACAUGCAUGUGAAUGUAUGAGUGUGCGCUGGUGUGUGCGGCCGUGUGUGUGUGUGUGUGCGUGCGUUAGCUACUGAGAGUCUCGACUCCAAGAGAGAGAGAGAGAGAGAUCGAAUAAGAGGAGGGGUGGGGACAGAGCGGCGGCGUUUGAGCGUUGAAAAAAAAACGUAAAAAUGAACUGGCACAGCCGACGACGACUACUACAAAACAAACGCCAAAGUACGUACUAUGUUCUACUACGGCUACAACUGUGAUAUUUGGAUAUAAAGCCGCCCCGCACCGAAAAAAAUAAAACAAGCUCCCUACGUGUAUACGUACGCUUGUGUCUCUGCCGCUGGACGACGGAAAGAAAGAAAAAGAAAAAACUAGAGCUAUCGAAGCAACAGACAAAGCGGCAUCAUCCAGAAUCGAAAGAAGCAGACAGACACAGCAGCAGCAGCACCACCACCACCACCACCUCAGUGAAUAUUAUUAAAGACUGCACAUAUAUACAGAAUGGUCGUCGGCUCGAAUCAUACGCGGCGCAGUGAAACUGCCGGCAGAUACACAAACAGCAGCAGCAGCAGCAACAACAACAACACGAAUAGCAGCGGCAGCAACAACAACAACAACAACAAUUCCACCAGCUCAACGUCUUCAAUUGCAAACGCAUCCUCAGCGGCGGCGGCGACGUUGUCGUUGUCGUCGUCGUCGUCGUCAAUGUCACACAACAACAAUAACAAUAAUAAUAGCAACUCACAUCAGCAGCAGCAGCAACAGCAUCAUCAUCAUCAUCAUCACAAUCAUCAUCAUUACCAGACGCAGCAGCAGCAGAGCACAACGCAUCAUAGUUCCGCAUCAGCACUGGCAACAACAACAACCACAUCUUCAUCAUCAGCAUCAUCAUCAACAACAGCAUCGACAACAACAACAACAACAACAACAUCGCAUGGCGGCAGCAGCGGGACAGUGCAUGUGGCUGUUGGCAGCCUUAACGGUUGCAACGGCAGCGCCGUCAGUCGCCUAUCCCAAUCGACGGGCAUGUCGCCCCGUGAGCUGUCCGAAAACGAUGACCUGGCCACAUCGCUAAUACUGGAUCCGCAUUUGGGCUUUCAGACGCACAAAAUGAAUAUACGGUUUAGGCCGCUCAAAGUGGAUACACAGCAGCUGAAGGCGAUUGUCGAUGAGUUUAUACAUACCCAAAAUUAUGACAUUGCCAUACAGCGCAUCUACGAUGGGCCCUGGAUACCGCGUCAUCUUAAGAAUAAAAACAAAAUUGCCACCAAGCGGUUGCACGAUCAUAUUGUGCGCUAUUUGCGUGUGUUCGACAAGGACAGCGGCUUUGCGAUCGAGGCAUGCUAUCGCUAUUCACUGGAGGAGCAGCGCGGCGCAAAGAUUAGCUCGACGAAACGCUGGUCAAAGAACGAUAAAAUCGAAUGUCUGGUCGGCUGCAUUGCGGAGCUAACGGAGGCCGAGGAGGCGGCAUUGCUGCAUUCGGGCAAAAAUGAUUUCUCCGUGAUGUACAGCUGCCGCAAGAACUGUGCCCAGCUCUGGCUGGGACCGGCCGCCUACAUCAAUCACGAUUGCCGGGCCAAUUGCAAGUUUUUGGCCACGGGCCGUGACACCGCCUGCGUUAAGGUGCUGCGCGACAUUGAGGUGGGCGAGGAGAUCACCUGUUUCUAUGGCGAGGAUUUCUUUGGCGAUAGCAAUCGUUAUUGCGAGUGCGAGACAUGCGAGCGACGCGGCACUGGCGCCUUUGCCGGCAAACAUUCGGCCAAUCAGCUGAACGAGGCGAUGCUCGGCCUAACGAACGGCCUGGGCCUGGGCCUAGGUCUGGGCGCUGCCGGCGGUGCCAAUGGCGGCGGCUAUCGUUUGCGCGAAACGGACAAUCGCAUCAAUCGCAUCAAGAGUCGCGCCAACAGCACCAACAGCACCUCCAACAGCAACAGCAACGACAGCAGCAGCAACAACACGGCUCAGCCCCACAACAACAACAGCAGCGGAAGCAACAACAACAACAACAACAACAACAGCAGCAGCAUUGCUGCUGUGGCACAAACUGUUGCAGCGGUACGGCCCAAGAGCAGCAGCCUGGAGCUAAAUGCAGUGGCCCUAAUGGACAAGAAGCUGCCCAAUGUGGUUGUCUCGCCGCUGACCAUGAAGGAGCUGCGCCAGAAGGGCAUGACCAAGUACGAUGCCGAAAUGAUAAUGGCCAAUGCGGCAUAUCAUCAGCAACAGCAGCAGCAGCAUCAUCACCAUCAUCAUCAUCAUCAUCAUCAGCAUCAGCAUCAGGGGCAUCUUCAUCAUCAUACGCAUACGCAGCAAUAUCACACACACCUGCCACACACAGCAGCAGCAGCAGCAGCUGCCGGCGGCGGCAGCAGCAGCAGCAGCAAUAAUGCAGAGGCCGCCAGCCAGGCAACGGCUAUGCAGAAGCCGCAGCAGGCAGCCGCCGAGCUGAGCAAUGGACGCGGCAUCAGCACGCUGCGCAAGUCGAUGCGCGUGAACAGCACCAGCAGCAGCAUAUCGACAGCCUCCACGGACGAGCCGCCGCUGGCCAGCUAUGCAGCAACGGGCGCAGCAGCAACAACAACAACAGUUGCAGCCAUAGCCAAGGCGCCGGUUGUGCUGGUGCCGCGCUAUAAGCCAGCUGCUGUUGCCGCCGUGCUGCAGCAGCAGCAACAACAGCAGCAGCAGCGCCAGCAACAGCGCCAGCUGCGGCGCAGCGAACGCCAGACGCAGCGGCAAAAGGUCUGCAUGGACACGACACAGCUGCUGGGCAAAUAUUUAACGGACAGCGAGAGCAGCGACACGGACUUGCAGCAGCAACAUCAACAGCAGCCGGCAGCUGAUGUGCCAGCAACAGCAGCAGCAACGGGCUCGUCCACGCUGGAGAAGCGCGUGACACGCAACAGCGCCGGACGCGCUGCCGCCGCGGCGGCUGCAGCAGCAGCAGCAGCAACAACAACAACAACAAUAAACAACAACAACAACACAGCAACAAUAACUGCCCACAACAACAACAACAACAACAGCAGCAGCAGCAGCAACAACAUAAAAACAACGAUUACAAAUUGUAAUAAUUUAAAUAUUAGUAAUAGCUGUAGAAAUAAUGUUAGCGCUAGAUUUAGUGAACGCAAGCUGAAGCCGAGCGAGCCGGCGCCAGCGGCAACGACGACGACGGCUUCGUUAGCAAACCUGGCGGUGCCCUCGUCGUCAAACUGCUCGCCAGGCGAACAGCAGCAGCAACUGCAACAGCAGCAGCAGCAUCAGAAACAACAGCAGCAGCAACAACAACAGCAGCAGGCAACGGCAGCAGCAGCAGCAACAGCAACACGCAGUCGCAGCAGCAGUCCCGCCUAUAAAAAGAACCUCAUCGCCAGCUUUGAGCAAGCCAACAAGCGUCAGGCAACAGCAGCAACAGUUGCUGAGGAUAUGCCCGCCGCAGAGCCGGGCAAGCAGAAGCGUAGCCGACGCGCCGCCGCGCUGGCCGCCGCACAGCAUAUACACUGCGAGGCAGUUGCCGGCGUGCUACAGCGCAAGCGACAUCAGACGACGGCAGCAGCAACAACAACAACAACAGCAGCAGCAACGGCAACAACAUCAGCAGCAGCAACAACAAGCGGUAGCAGCGCUGUGGAGCCGCUUUUGAAAACGCCCGAGCGACGGCUGAAGCUGACGCUGCGCAUGAAGCGCUCGCCCAUAUUGGAUGAAGUCUUUGAGCUGGGCACCAGCCUCGGCGAGGAUCGACAGCAUGCCCAGCAAAAUGGACACGCCGCCAAUCGAGCCAGCCAAGCGCACAGCAGCAGCAGCAGCAGCGGCGGAGGCAGCGGAGGAGCAGGCGGACGUAACAGCAGCAACAAUGUCGGCGCCGGCGGCAACAGCAGCAACAGCAACAACAAUGCCCUGCACAAUGCCAGCAGCAGCAGCAGCGGCGGCAUUGAAUAUGAAAUCUUACGCAUGGAGGGCAUAUCAGAGCAUGGCAAUGAUGAUGAUGAGGAGGACGAGGAGGAGGAGGAGGAGGAUGACGACGACGACGACGAUGACGAGGAAGCCGAAGAGGAGGAGGAGGAACAGGAGCUAAAUGAAGAAGAGGGUCUUGAGCUUGAACAAGAGCAGCUCCAGCAGCUUAAGCAGCAGCAGCUCAAGCAGCAGCAGCAGCAGCAGCAUCAUCAUCCGGAGGCGUCUGGCAGCGAUGCCUCCGACUGGCGCUACACAGAAAAAACGCGACGCAGUCGCCGCAGCGCCCAAAGCGCCGCCAGCACGCCGCCGCCGCCUCAAGUUGCCAGCAGCAGCAGCAGCAGCAACAUUUACGGCACGCCACAAAAGAAGCGACUGCGCCUGAUCUUUGGCAACGAGUCGCACACAAUAGACAUUCCACCAGCAAGCACAACAGCAACUGUUGCAGCUGCAGCAGCAACUGUUGGUAGCGGCAUCGAUGAGCUCAACAGCAGCGGCGGCGGCGACGGCGGCGGGGAUGAAUCCUUUAAUGCUUCCUAUGCCAGCAGCAGCAGCAGCAGCGGCGCCAACGGCAGCGGCAGCGGCACCAGCAUGACCGUCAACACCUCCUCGCUGAACAGCACGCCCACAUCCAGCGCCUCCUUGGAGCUUGAGGCGGCAACAACAACAACAUCUGCUGCUGCUGCUGCUGCUGCAACGUCAAGAGCUGCAACAGGAACGGGAACGGGAACGCGACUGCCCGCAGCUGAUUCACCCACAUCGACAACAUCCAGCGUCGGCUCCUUUCAAUCGGCCUGCACCUCAACAACCAAUUUCUUUACGCGCUCCAAGUCGCCCAGCAGCAGCAACAGCUACCAGCUGAACGGCAGUCGCAGCAACAGCAGCAACUACAUGCCCUACUAUCAGCAGCAGCAGCAGCAACAACAACAACAGCAGCAACAACAACAGCAGCAGCAAUUGAGCAAAUUUGGCAGCAGCAACAAACGCGCUGCAUCGGAGCAGGCGCAGGCCGUGGUCAGCAGCAGCAGCAGCAGCAACAACAACAACAACAGCAACAGCAACAACAGCAGCAACAGCAACAACAACAGCAACAGCUCGACCAUGGGCAGCAGCAACAACAGCGCAACUGUUGCCGCGAGCAGCGUUUCCAGCAGUCACACCUUUCUGCCUCAGGCUCUGACCAUGCCCAAGCACACGUUCGGCACCUGUGCGCUGCUGGCGCCCACAAGCUUUGCCAACCUGCAGCAGCAGCAGCAACAGCAGCAGACGUCUAAGCUGGCAGCGGAGCAACAACAGCAGCUGCCCACGUCCUCGUCGCCGCAGCAUCAUCAUCAUCAUCAUCAGCAGCAGCAGCAGCAGCAACAACAACAACAACAUAGCAACAAAUAACCAACGACUGAUCUCUAUGCGGAUUGACUGCGCUGCUGCCAUUGCCAACAACAACUGCAACAACUGCGACAGCAACAACAACAAUUUGAUAACAUUUAUUUAAUAAUUUCGCCGCAGCCGCCUGCCCUUGCCUGCUGCUAACCCUAAAAGUUGCAAUCCCUUAAGUAGCGUUAGGUCGUCUCUCUCUCUGUGUGUGUGUGUGUGUUUGUGUGCGCGCGUACGCUUCGGCUGUCUGGCAACUCUGUCUGCAUAAUUGUUGGAAGGGAGGGGGGGGUAGUUGAGUCCGUUAUUAUAAGAGCAUCAGAGCUUUGCGUAUGUGUAAAUGCAUGUGUCAGGUAGUCAGUGCCCAAGAAGAAGAAGAAAAAAACAAAAGCAAAAAACAAAAAACAAAAAUCAUGAUCAGCCAAACAAUAACAAUAAUAAUAACAACAACAACAACAAAAACAACAACAACAAAUGUCUGUUUUAGCAAAUCUUUGAUUAUACAUUUCUUUUUUGCUUUUUUUCCAUUUCUCUCUCCCUCUUUUUCUCUUUCUCUCUCUCUCUCUCUCUCUCUCUCUCUUGCCAUUGCAGAUGGAUAUUUAAAGCAUAAAAGUAGCAAAAAAGCGUGUGUUAAACAAAUUGUUGCAGUUGGUGGUGGUGGUGGUAAUGUUAAUGAUAAUGAGCAACAUAAUAAGAUUAAUAUAAAUAAUAAUAAUAAUACCGAUUACAAUAAUUCUAAUGCUAACAGCAGCAGCAGCAGCAACAACAUAGUUAAAAAAUUAAGAAUAGAAUUAAAACGCAUACAAAUCAUGUACAGUUGAAAUGUUACGAAACGAAAUGCUAAAAACGUUGAACGGUUAACGAAAGCGGCGCGUCAGCAGCGACAACAGUUAACAAGCAGCGCCAGCGCAGCAGCAGCAGCAACAACAACAACAACAGCAACAUGAACAGUUACAACAGCAAGGAGCACAUUGCCAUUGAUCGGAGCAGAGCGGCGCAUACGAGGAGCGCAACAAAUAGAUAAUGUUGCUGGCCUGCUCGCUCUCGCGCUAUUUCUUCCAGUUGUGAACGAUGAGGCGAAGUAAAAA